AUGGAGACCGACGCGCAGGACUGCGUGGCCGACUGGUGGGACAUGGUCGUGCAGAACCUGCGAUCUUUUCCACAAUGCUGUGCAACACUUGGAAGAAAAAUUGCCGCUCAGUACAAUAGCUUUACUAGUAAAUCAUUAAAAGAACACAUUUUCCCUCCUCUGAUGGACAUGCUAAUUUUUUUUAAUUUUUUCAAAGCACCAUUUCUUGUGGAUUUAAAGAAACCAGAGCUAAAGAUACCUCACACAGUGAACUUCUAUAUCAAAGUUGAACCUGGAGUGAUUCUGGGAAUCUGGCACACAGUUCCCAGCUGCCGGGGAGAAGAUGCUAAAGGGAAGGAUCGUUGUUGGUAUGAAGCCGCCCUUCAUGAUGGCAACCCAGUUAUUAUUUAUCUUCAUGGCAGUGCAGAACACAGGGCAGCUUCUCACAGGCUUAAUCUAGUCAAGGUGCUGAGUGAUGGCGGCUUUCAUGUCUUGUCUGUUGACUACAGAGGGUUUGGAGACUCUACCGGUAAGCCCACAGAGGAGGGACUGACUGCGGAUGCGAUAUGUGUCUAUGAGUGGACCAAGGCGAGAAGUGGUACCACCCCCGUGUGUCUCUGGGGCCACUCUCUGGGCACAGGAGUUGUAACAAAUGCUGCAAAAGUACUAGAAGAGAAAGGAUCCCCAGUUGAUGCUAUUGUCCUGGAAGCUCCAUUUACCAAUAUGUGGGUUGCAAGUAUCAAUUAUCCCUUGUUAAAGAUUUACCGGAAACUCCCAGGAUUUUUACGCACACUUAUGGAUGCCUUGAGAAAGGACAAAAUAGUCUUCCCUAAUGAUGAAAAUGUUAAAUUCCUGUCUUCUCCCCUUCUCAUCCUUCAUGGUGAGGAUGACAAUACAGUGCCUCUGGAGUUAGGAAAAAAGCUCUAUGAAAUUGCACACAAUGCAUAUAGGAACAAAGAGAGGGUCAAGAUGGUGAUCUUUCCUCCUGGCUUCCAACACAACUUGCUUUGUAAAAACCCCACAAUGUUAAAAACUGUGAGAGAUUUCCUGAGCCAGCAGUGGGCCUGAAGUCUGAGAGCAGUGGAAAUCUUCAGUGAAGACUUGGUCCAAACACUACCUGUGAGGUUUAUUUUUUUUUUAUGUAAAAUUCUAUUGGGCUGUUUGGAUGAGCUGAAGUCAUUGACAUUUCUACAAGUUACUUGCCAUCUACAAAGUAUGGAUACUAGGCUUUAUGGAAAGUUCUUUAACAAAGUGGACCAUGCUCAAACUUCACUGUGGAAUCUGGUAAAAAUUGGAUCCCAUCUAAAAAUGUAUAGUUACCAAACAUCCUGGAUAUUUGUGAAUAAGGUGGUCUUUGGUUUGGACUUAGCAGUGUAAGAAACGUGCCCCAAUGUAGUUAAGUAAUUUGCAUUUUAGUUUAGUUAAUUAAAUGGCAUUUAAAAAUUCCAAGCAGUUUUCUAGCUUUCUGAAUGGUAUCGAGGAGAGUCCUAGCACGCUACUCAAUUUGUCUAAAAUAACACGUUUUGGUACUCAUGUAGCUUCUGGAAAUUGACACUUUAUUUUUUUAGCCCUAAUAUAGUUACACAUUUUUCCCUCCCAAUU